AUGGCGCCAUCUAGUCCGCGCAAGUCAAUUGACAGUCUGGCUUCAGGCGCGUCGACUCCAUCUAUCUCCUUCUACUCUUCACCCCAGUUGGAGUCUCCGCGGGUACCCCCUCAACGGUACCCCCUGAGGAGGGGAUCUACGGCAAGUUCGAUCGUGAGCAUUGGAGGAGCCUUGGACACGUCCCAUCACCAUGGCCCAAUCGCCGAGUCGGGCCAGAAUGCUAUCUCCACACUGCUCCAACCACCCAUUACCCGGACCGGCUUGACACCUCAUACUGCGGCAACUGCGAGCGGAUACAAACCCCCCUCAUCCCGCGAUAUCACUCCAGUUACCCUCACAAAUAUCACGCAUGUGGACCCGAAGGUAUUUCAACCGUAUCUGGCGCAAAUAGGCGGUCUUUACGAUGUUUUUCAACAAUCCAAGGAAAAUGCCGGAGAAGAGAGCCAGCAGGCGCAGGGAAUGAAAUCCCCGAGACUUGAUGAUAAGGAAUCUUUGAUGCCAUGGAGUCCUGAACGAAGAUCUUCAUUCAUGUCUACGAGUAGUUCACGACCCACCUCACCAUAUGACUCUCGCGGAAGACGUUCCUCUGCUGGCUCACGGGGCCGUGGGCCUGCCGUGACACCUUUGUCGACUAUACCACCUGUCUAUUUUGAGGAGGAUUUCCACCCUAGAGAACCCGCACCGCCAAGACCGCCAACAAAGGACGAUAAGCACUUGAACGGUGGCGCGCCCGAGCCUGUGCACACCGGAAGAAAAGCAUUAGCUACCAAUGCCAUUCUUCAAGAGAAGCUUUCGUGGUAUAUGGAUACGGUUGAAAUUCACUUGAUCUCAUCCAUUUCAACUGCUUCCAAAUCCUUCUUUACGGCACUAGGUUCGUUACAAGAAUUGCACGCGGAAGCUGCUGAUUCUGUCAACCGCAUCCAGGUCUUGCGGCGAGACCUGCAAAAGAUUGAUAAAGAAAUGGCUUUAGGUGGCCUAAAAAUAGUGAAUUUGAGACGGCGAAGAGAAAAUGUGCGAAUGCUGGCAGCUGCAGUGGCUCAGCUUCGUGACGUUGUCGAGUCAGUCUCGCGAUGUGAAGAGCUUGUUGAACAAGGAGAUAUCGAGGUCGCUGCUGAUGAGCUCGAGGAGGUUGAUAAAUUGAUGGCUGGCGAGAAAACUUCGGACCGGCCUGCCGAGGACGAGAAAGGUUCCCCAAGGCGGGCCAUUGACAUUCGAGGUCUUCAAGCUCUUGAAGGAGCGUCUGAUGACCUUGCAGUGUUGCGACAGCGCAUUGGAAUGGGCUACGAGAGCCGUUUCUUGAAUGAUCUGCUAGGUGACUUGCGCCAGCAUGUCCAAAAUGUGUCCUCCAACGUGACAUUGCAGCGUUGGGGUGCCUCCUUCCAGCGACAACGUGGUGGUCAACGCCCCGCGUCUAUGAUUUAUCCGGCAUACAUGAAUUUUGAUAGCGAGCUGCGAUCUAGAUUGCAAACUCAGCUUCAUGGUCUUGCACGAGCGCGUUAUACUACUCCUGCGGCAACUUCGUUCAAAACCGCCGUUCUACGCGAAAUGAAGGGCUUAAUUCGCAGGCACUUGCCUAGUUCCAGUGAUGACGACAAUGAGUCUAUGGUGUCGAUAUCGACACACAACGACCGGCAGCGAAGUCAACAAGAGAAAUCGUCAAGUCUUGCGCGCAAUCUUCGUGCACUCGAACCAGAAGAUGCCUAUGCAAUGCUCGUUGCGGUAUACACAGGCAUUAGUGAAUGCUUGCGUCGCUUGAGUGUGCAGGUCAAAAUUCUCUUGGACGUGGCCAGUGGUCUUGGAAGCUCUCCAACCGCCGCUGUAAAAUCACCGCUGAGUCCCCGCCCUGGAAACGGAGAUAAUGUAUCUUCUGCAUCUGCCAUGGCACAGGACGAGAUUUUGCAAGUUCUGGACAUGUCGAGUCUACUCGGCCAAGCGGUAGACAUUGCCCAGUCUCAGAUUACCAAGGUCCUCAAAGUUCGAUCAGAACAAACAUCUCAACUUUCGAAAGAAGAGUUCUUGAAGUACUUCACUCUGAACCGUCUUUUUGCCGAUGAGUGUGAAGCCAUCUCCGGCCGAGGUGGCACUGCACUGAAGACAAUUGUGAGCAACCAGAUCAAGGAAUUCAUAUCUCGAUUUAGUGAAGGCCAACGGCAUCGUAUUGUCAAAGUCAUGGACGCAGACCGCUGGGAUGCGCGUGACUUUGAAGACUCAGAAGUCACUAUCCUUACACGUAUCCUUGAGGCGAGCACCAACGAUAUUGAGGACUGGGUUGGAGUCACAAAAAUCUGGGUCGCGAAUGACGAUAAUGAGAAAACCAAAUCUCCUCAAGCAGGCAGCGACAUCAACGGGUCAGGCAAAGAGAAGGUACGCACUGCUGUUAUUGAUGAGCAGAAAUACAUCCUGCCGGACUCAGCCGUGGAGAUUAUGCGCAGUAUCGAAGAAUUUGAAUUCCUUAUGGCCAAUAUUCCCAGCAUGAUCCAGGACAUUGCCCCGCAAUUGCUGGAAAUUUUGAAGCUAUUCAACUCGCGUUCUUCACAAUUAAUUCUUGGCGCUGGCGCUACACGCAGCGCCGGCCUCAAGAACAUUACGACCAAGCACCUUGCCCUUUCGUCGCAAGCGUUGAGCUUUGUCAUUGCCAUGGUACCGUAUGUUCGUGAAUUUGUCAGACGACAUGGGCAAGGGAACCAAGUUAUGGCCGAGUUUGACAAGGUCAAGCGGCUGUGUCAGGAGCACCAGUCCGGUAUCCACGAGAAGCUGGUUGAUAUCAUGAGCUCGCGCUCAACUGUUCAUGUCAAUGCCAUGAAAAAGAUUGACUGGGACGCGGACAACUCAUCAGGAGUUCAUCCUUAUAUGGAGACAUUAGCCAAGGAAACGGGUACUCUACACCGUGUAUUGAGUAAACAUCUCCCCGACAUGACUGUGGAGAUGAUCAUGGGCCCCGUGUUCAAUAACUACCGAGACCAUUGGAUGAAGGCCUUUGAAGAAGCCCAAGUUGAGUCAGAGGCUGGCAAGAAGAGAAUGCAAGCCGAUAUCGAACAUUUCCGUACAAAGCUGGGCAAGAUCCACGGUGCUACGGAGAUUGGUGAUAAGCUGCUUGAGCUUGUCCAAGACAAGGCAACUGUUGCCCUAGCCUCUACGCCCGCGCCAAAAGCCGAACCCACGAGCGAGAAUCAAGCCCAAAGCAACGGAUCUGAUUCAGCCGAGUCUUGA